GUUAAAGUUUUACGUGAUUGCAUAGCGCAUCCUGAUCUUUGUAGAAGCCUUGCUUCUGGGCGUGGAUUGUGAGUAAGAAUGUUAGUAUCUGGGCCUCAGGUGCGCCCUGCGGCCAGUGCUCGUGUGACAAAUAGGUCUUCAAGAUGUGUAGUCCGGGCGAGGGCAAGCGCUGAGUAUGAAACGCUCAGAGGAAAAACGGUUUACAAGGCAUCAAGUGGAGAGCCCGUCGAACUUCUAUCUCUAUGGGACGCAUCCUCCGGUUCCAAAGCUGUCAUCCCCUUCCUCACGCACUUUGCGGACCUCUCCUCCUGGGAAUACGCGCAGCAGCUGCUGAAGCUGCUCCCCACGCUGGAGGCCUCCGACGUGCGGGUGCUGGUGGUGGGGCUAGGCAGUGUGGGCAAUGCACAGGCCUUCUCCCGCGCCCUCUCCUUCCCCCCCUCCCGCCUGCUGGCCUGCCCCUCCCCCGACCUCUACCGCGCACUGGGCUUCUCCCCCGGCCUGGCACCCGACCUGCCGCUCAGCCCUGCACUCAAGCUGCUCCCCAUGCUGGCCGGGCUGGGCUCGCCGGGCACACUGCAGGAGGUCCUCCGCGGCUACACGGGCGACCCCUCCGCGCCCGCCCUCUUCCCCUCCCCCUCCCCCUUCGACCUGCUGGGGGGGCCGGGCGCCCUGCGGCCCAUGGAGCUAGCCACCCGCCGGCUGUUCAACAUGGGCGGCAUAUUGCCGGCAUGGGGCGACCUAGCCCCCCCCGACCCCCGCCUGCUGACUCAGCAGGGCGGCACGCUGGUGUUCAGCGGGACCAGCCUGCUGCUGAAACACGUGGACUCGGGCAUCCUGAGGUACGCCGACCCGCGGGUCGUCAUGCAGGCGGCGCUGGGGGCGGAGUUCAGGG